UAGCGAGUGAGUUAAGUUUUUAUCGUGUGUCCAAGAUAGUCCGUUUUCGGGAGUUAAGUUUGCGCGUACUCACAAGUUCCAGGUCCUGCGGCAGGCGCAUGCGGAAUUUCCAGUGUGUACCCAUGAGGAGGAGUAGCCUGUACACACCGCUGAAACACCACCCACACCUUCACCUUUGCGCACACACUUAUGGAACUGGGCUGGUAUACAGCUACCCAUCUAACAGUUAUUCUAAAUCUAGAAUACCCUUAGUAAGAUACGCAUUCCGGCGCCAAGGAAUUGCUUCAUUUAAAUUUAAUUACCUGGCAAUGAUCCAAUCGAACUGUCUAUUUUUCUGGUAGAGUUGGGUACAGAAAGCGGGAGGCAGAAAGGGGGCGGCCCCUUCCCAAAAAAAGAGAUUUUCCAUCUGUAUUGCGAGGUUGUGUUGCGCUCUUCUCACACGUGACGAAACUUUAAGGCUGGAAUUUGGAGGAUUUGAGUGCUGCUGCGUUUUGAUACGGCAUUUCUAGAGGAUACAGACAUGGGAGAAAUAAAUCAGAGUUUAGGACUCCUGUGGGUUGCAGUCGUUUCACUGACCGUAUUUGUUCGGGUGGGAUUUUCCGAGGACUACCAAGCGCGUGUGGGACCCCGGAACAACCUUUUUCUUCAGAGGGUGAAACGUCAGAGCAGGUCAGCCAGACCGGAGCUGAAGGUGACAGAUUUCCACGUGCGCUGCUCGGUGGUUUCCCGCUACGCAGCCACCAGCGUUCAGAGCUCCGUGUGGAACACGCUGCCCGUGACCAAGGAGGCCGCCUUCGAAGUGGACCUGCCCUCCUCCGCCUUCAUCUCCAACUUCAGCAUAACCUCCAACGGGAAGGUGUACGUGGCGCAGGUUCAGGAGAGGAGCGCGGCCAAGAAGAUUUACGACGCGGCCAAGAAGAGAGGGAAGACCGCUGGGCUCGUGGCCACCAAGGAACGGGAGGUGGAGAAGUUCCGGGUGGCGGUCAGCGUGCCGUCGGGCGAGCGCCUGUCCUUCUCCCUGACCUACGAGGAGCUGCUGUCACGGCGACUGGGCCGGUACCAGCUGGUGCUGGGGCUGCGGCCCGGGCAGCCCGUCCAGAACCUCACGCUGGAGGUGAGCGUGGCGGAAAGAUCCGGAAUCAGCUUCAUACGCGCCCUGCCCCUCAGAACCAACCGCCUGCUCUCCAACACUGUCUCAGGUGAAGCGGAGGCUCCUCCAUCCACUCAGGUGGUGCAGACACCCCGCUGCGCCCAGGUGCGCUACACCCCGAGCCUCCAGCAGCAGACCAGCUCGUCCCCCAAGGGCCUGAACGCAGACUUCGUCAUCGAGUACGACGUGGAGCUCAACGACCUCAUGGGGGACAUCCAGAUUUACGACGGGUACUUUGUGCACUACUUCGCCCCACGGGGACUUCCUGUCGUGCCCAAGGAUGUCAUCUUCGUGAUUGACAUCAGCGGGUCAAUGACCGGCACCAAAAUUAAGCAGACGAAGCAGGCCAUGGCCACAAUCCUGACUGACCUGCGGGAGGGAGACCACUUCAACAUCAUCACCUUCUCAGACAAGGUACACACCUGGAAGAAGGGGGAGGCGGUGCAAGCCACAAGGCAGAACGUGCGCGAAGCCAAGGAGUUCGUCAAGAAGAUCAACGCGGACGGGUGGACCAACAUUAAUUCGGCUCUGCUCUCGGCGGCCCAGCUGGUGAACUCCGCCUCGUCCCGAGCGGGCGCGGGGCGGUCGGGGGUCCGGCGCGUGCCGCUGGUGAUCUUCCUGACGGACGGCGAGGCGACCACCGGCGUGACGGCGGGCGAGGCCAUCCUGCGGAACGCGCGGGAGGCGCUGGGCCCCGCCGCGCUGUUCGGCCUGGCCUUCGGCGACGACGCCGACCUGCCGCUGCUGCGCCGGCUGGCCCUGGAGAACCGCGGCGUGGCCCGCACCGUCUACGAGGACGCCGACGCCGCGCUCCAGCUCAAGGGCUUCUACGACGAGGUGGCCAGCCCCCUGCUCUCCGACGUGCAGCUGGCCUACCUGGACGACCGGGCCUUCGACGUCACCCGCGCCCUCUUCCCGCACUACUUCCAGGGCUCGGAGCUGGUGGUGGCGGGCCGGGUCAAGCCGGGGGUGCGGGACCUGAAGGUGUCGCUGACGGCCAGCGACUCCACCCGCAGGCUGCGGCUGGAGAACGACGUGGCGGCGGGCGGCGGCGGCGGCGGGCCCGAGGGAAACGGCACGGCCGACUGGCUGGCCUGCCCCGGCGGCGCCGACGGCAUCUCCAGCUUCGUGCGCCGCCUGUGGGCCUACUUCACCAUCAAAGAGCUCCUCCAGGCCAAGCUCAACAGCACCGACCCCCCCACGCAGCGCCUCCUGGGGGAGAAGGCCACCAACCUCUCCCUCAAGUACAACUUCGUCACCCCCGUCACCUCCCUGGUGGUGGUGAAGCCGGACGUCGACGAGGUGACCCCCAGCUCCACCCCCAGUCCCUCCUCCACCGCCGCCACGACCCCGGCCCCCACCACCCACACCACCACCACCAUCGCCGCCACGACCGGGGGCCCCACCACCCACACCACCACCACCACCACCUCUGGCAGGACCGCCACCACGGCAGCCCCCACCAUCGCCACCACCACCUCCGGCACGACCGCCACCACGGCAGCCCCCGCCCACGUCCCCCCCAAAAAGUCCGCCUCCACCUCCGGCCCCCGGCCCCGCAAAACCAAACAGGGGAGCGGCCCCAACACCAAACGGCCCCCCCACGCCCCCCCCAGUGGGAUUCACACCACGGGGCGCCCCCUGCAGCCCCCCCAUUCCGGCAGGCUUUCCACCACCCCCAGUACCGGCAAAGCCGCUGCUCCCCUACCGCCCAAAAAAAGCACGGCCACCCCUCCUCCUGCGUCCGUCAGAACUACCUCCACCCCGCCCCCCAGCUCUGACAAAACAGUGCCCCCUCCCCCCAGUUCUGCUAAAACCACCCCCCAAACCCCUGCUGCGCUUCCCCCCAUCCCGUCCUCCCCUCAGCCCGAAGACGGGACCGCGCCCCCCACCGACGCCCGGCACGCCCAUCUCACCACGCUGGUCCUCUCCGGCCACGCCCCGGCCACGCCCCUGCCCGACGCCGAUCUCGGCACCGCUGAGGUGGCCACUCUGAUCAGCGGCACCUUCGUGCCCAUGCCCGGGGUCACCGAACCCCCCAAACCAUGGGAGGCAGCCGGGCCGCCGGAUUAUGAAGCAAACUAUGAGUACGACUAUGACAUCAGUUAUGACACCCUCGACAGCCAAUUCAGGACGGGUUCCCUGAAUGUCGUUGCCUCCUCAGAUUAUGAAGCAAACUAUGAGUACGACUAUGACAUCAGUUAUGACACCCUCGACAGCCAAUUCAGGACGGGUUCCCUGAAUGUCGUUGCCUCCUCAGAUUAUGAAGCAAACUAUGAGUACGACUAUGACAUCAGUUAUGCCACCGCCGACAGCCAACCCAGCAGGGCCUCCCAGAAAAUCUUUGCCUCCUCAGUGGAUGGAGACCCCCACUUUGUGGUCUGGAUCCCCCAAUUGGAUGAGAGCCUGUGCUUCACCGUGGACGGACGAGCCAAUGACGUGCUGCGCCUGCUGGAGGAUCCAGAGAAAGGCAUUAUCGUGGACGGCCACCUGACAUACGCGCCCUCGAAGCACGGGUUCGAGGACCAGAGCCGCACCUACUUCGACCAGCUCACCAUCUCCGUCCCCACAGGCGGGGGCGUGGUUGUCAGGGUGACGCUCGACUCCGUGGUGCUGGAGGGGGAGGGGCGGGAGCUGCUGCCCACGGAUAGGCCGGGUUCAGUAGCGAGGCAGGGCCUGAGGGUUGCCGUGGACGACCACCUGCGCUGCUGGGUGGAACUGGGCUGGGGCCUGCGUUUCCUCAUCCUCUUCCACCACUACAAGCACCCCACCUACCUCCAGAUCGCUCACAUGGGCUUCUACGUGGCCGAUGGGCGGGGACUGUCCCCCCUCACACAGGGGCUUCUGGGCCAGUUCCAGCAUGCUGACAUAGAGGUCACCAAUGUUCGUUCUGUGGGCUCGGCCCCCCCGGCCCAGGACACUGGGGGGAGGCACCUGGCGGAGGGUGUGCUGUGGAUCGGGGGGGUGCGCGGGAGAGCGCACGUGCCCGUCAGCCUGCAGGAGAAGCACCUGAAGGACAGUGUGCACAAGCGCCACCUGGGCACCUGCUGGGUGGUGCCCAAGGCACAGGUGGAGGCCAUCCUGGGCCACUCUUACGAGAGCUAUGUGGUGGAUCAUGUCUGAGAGAGAGAGAGAGAGAGAGAAAGAGAGAGAGAGGAACUGGCAGCGUGAUUUGGGGUCACUACACUCCUGCCUCUGUACAUGUGAACAUGUGACUACUCCCCUGCAGUAGCCACAACCUGCUUUUAUAUAUAUAUAUAUAUACAUAUAUAUAUAUAUAUAUAUACACACACAUUACAUUUCCAAAAGUAUGUGGACACCCCUUCUACUCUGCCUUCUCAGCCA